UCAGCUCAAUCUCUACUGUCACCGCCGCUGCAAAAUUCUUGUUUGCCGCAGAUCUCGACUAAUCUGGUGAAAAUGAGGGGAAGAAGUUACAGCCCCUCACCCCCUAGAGGUUAUGGAAGGAGAGGAAGGAGCCCAAGCCCCAGAGGGGGUCGCUAUGGUGGUCGUAGCAGAGAUGAUCCGACUACUCUAUUAGUGCGCAAUCUUCGCCAUGACUGUCGGCCAGAGGACCUCAAAAAACCAUUCGGGCAAAUUGGUCCUGUCAAGGACAUUUACUUGCCAAGGGACUAUUAUACUCGUGAACCACGUGGUUUUGGAUUUAUCCAAUAUCUGGAUCCUGCUGAUGCAGCAGAAGCUAAGUAUCAGAUGGAUGGUCAGGCUUUCCAAGGUCGGCAACUGACAGUAGUUUUUGCUGAGGAGAACAGGAAAAAGCCUCAAGAAAUGAGAGCUAGGGAGCGUGGAAGUGGUAGGGGUGGCCGCAACUAUGAUCGGAGAGGUACUCCCCCUAGGUACCAUAACUCUCCUCGGUAUUCACGAUCUCCACCUCCCCGCGGCCGUGAUUACUACUCUCCACCUAAGAGAAGGCAAUACUCAAGGUCUGUUUCGCCUGAAGAGAAAAGAUACAGUCGUGAGAGAUCAUAUUCUCCUCGUGGUGGUCAGGGAAGGGCAUACUCACAAUCCCCUCCUAGGGAGCAGUCUCCACCAUUCAAUGGGUCAAGAAGCCGCAGUCAAAGUCCAGUCAGGGAGCAUUCUCCACCUUAUAAUGGUUCAAGGAGUCGCAGCCGGAGUCCAGUUAGGGCACGUUCUCCAGUUAGGGGUCACAGCAGGAGGCAGAGCCCUAGUCAAGGCCAUAGUAGGAGCCCUGAUGCUGUCCAUUAUUCCAGGAAUCCUGACCAUGACGUGUCCCCGAGACACUGAAGACUCUCCUCUUGGUUACGAAUGCUGUAGUUUGAACAACAUGAUGUGAUGUUCUGUUUAAUUAGUUUUGUCAUGGAAUUCAGCAGUUGCAUGUAGUGACAAUCCAUAUGGAUUAUUUUACCGACUUGCUUCUUUUGCUUGUUUGUACUUUAUUAGUACUGAUGGAUAUGGAUGACAACAUUGCUUUCUCUUCAUGUGUGAGUCAUUUGACUGAUGUUCUUUAGACUGCGUAUAUUGCAAUUGUUGCUUCUCUUCACU